AUGACAUCCAUAUCUAAUAAGAGUACUAGCAAGGAGAAGAGGAUGAGAUCAAAAGUUCAUCCAUUUAGAAGAAACCAAAAAGGUGGUAACGGAAAGGUUGAGGUGAAGUUUCACGACUCGAAUGAGGAUGAGGACAAUGAUGUUGCUACGCAUGAAGUUCAUGAUAAACACGAUUUAAAAAUUAAAGCUAAAAGGCUCUUGGAGGUAAGACAGACCUUACCUGUGUACCAAAAUAAAGAACUUAUAAUGAAAAAUUUAAUUCAAAAUCCUGUUACAUUACUUAUUGGUGAAACUGGUUCUGGUAAAUCUACACAAAUUCCACAGUUCUUAUUAGAUCAUCUAUAUUCUACAAAACAACAUGGAUCCAUAGCGGUAACGCAACCAAGAAGAGUUGCCGCAAUAAAUUUGGCUACACGUGUGGCUAGUGAACAUGGAUGCAAUGUUGGGCAACAGAUUGGUUACUCUGUUAGAUUUGAUAACACAACUUCUGCAAAGACAAGAUUAAAAUAUUUAACAGAUGGUAUGUUAUUAAGAGAGUUAAUGAUGAAUAAAACGCUUAAGGAAUAUAGUGUAAUUAUCAUUGAUGAAGCGCAUGAAAGAACAGUUCUAACUGAUUUAAUACUGGGGUUCCUGAAGGCAUUGAUAGAAGGACCGAGACCUGAUUUGAAAAUUAUAGUAAUGUCAGCUACAUUACAAGCUGAAAGAUUUAGUGCAUUUUUCAACAAUGCUCCUGUGAUAUUUGUCGAAGGUAGAAAAUUUGAUGUUUCUCAAUAUUACUUAACUGCUCCAUCCGAUGAUAUUGUUGAUAGUGUUAUUAGGACUGUUGUACAAUUAAAUCAAGGUGAACCGUUGGGUGACAUUCUAUGCUUUUUACCAGGUCAAGAAGAAAUCGACAAAGCUGUUAUUAUUAUGGAAAAAAUAAGCGCAAUUAUUCACAAGGAAAAUUCAGUUCCAUUAAUGAUACCGCUGCCAUUAUAUGCAGCUCUACCACCUGCUAAACAAUCUGCUGUUUUUGCGCCGAUUAAAGGAUUUAAGAGAAAAAUUAUUUUUAGUACUAAUAUAGCAGAAACUUCUGUUACUGUAUCUGGUGUGAAAUAUGUUGUAGAUUCAGGAUUAAGGAAAGUGAAAGUAUGGAGACACCAACUGGGUUUGGCUACAUUAUUGACUGUUCCAAUUUCCCAAGCAAGUGCAGAACAAAGAAGUGGUCGUGCUGGUAGAGAAUCUGAAGGAAAAUGUUAUAGAUUAUUUUGUGAAAAAGAUUUUGAUAAAUUGCCACCUCAAACAGAACCUGAAAUUGCAAGAAGUGAUAUAACAUCGCCAGUAUUGAUGCUUAAAAGAUAUGGUGUCAAAGAUAUUGUCAAUUGGACGUGGUUCGAAUACCCAGGUAAAGAAGCCUUAGUGAUGGCUUUACAAGAACUAUAUCAGUUGGGUGCACUUGAUGAUUUUGGAAAUAUUACAAAAAAAGGUGAACAGAUGGCUUUGCUGCCUGUGCAACCACAUUUAAGUAGUGUUUUAAUUCAGGCCAAUGAAUCUAAUUGUAUUGAGGAUGUAAUUGAUAUUGUCUCAUGUCUGAGUGUAGAAAAUUUGUUGAUGAACCCUCUUCCAGAACAAAGAGAUGAAGUUAAUGAACGUCGGUUGAUGCUAUGUAACGGUGGUAAAAAAUAUGGUGAUUUAAUUAUGAUGAAAGAACUGUUUGAUGUUUAUUUUUAUGAGCUCGGAAAGGGAUCGUCUUCUGCUUCUGAAAGACAAGCAUGGUGUAAAGAGUUAUGUUUAUCCUAUCGUGGAUUUAAAAAUGUUGUCAAAAUUAGAAAUCAGUUACGAAUGUAUUGUAUGAGAUUAUUUCAAUCGAAAUGGUUGAAUGGAUCUGAAGAAGGUGAUGAAUUGGGUGAGAGUAUAGGCCAAAAUAACGAACAGAUAUCCAAAGUACUAAAAUGUUUCUUGGUUGGAUUUGCCAAAAACACAGCAAUUGGUAUGCCUGAUAGAUCAUAUCGUACAGUUACUACCGGUGAAGCUAUUAGUGUCCAUCCUUCCUCAAUGUUAUUCUUAAACAAAUCAUGUCCAAGUAUUAUGUAUGUUGAAUACGUUUUCACUACUAAAGGUUAUGCCAGAAAUGUAAGUAGGAUUGAGUUGGAAUGGCUACAAGAUGUGAUAAUAAAUGGAACUGCAGUAACCAAAGAAAAAGCAAGUUUAUAG